AAAAAAAAAAAGAAUUCCAGUGUCUUUAUCUAUAAGUCUGUCAUUUAUAAUAACUGACAUUAAUAUAAAGUUGUGAUAUGGAUUAGAUUAACUAGUUAAUUAAACAAUUCAUAGGCAUGGCUUCAGUGUCUUUGUCAAAAAAAGUGUCUGACUCGAGAUAUAAUAACUGGGUAAAGGCUAGUUUAGCAGUCUUGAUUACUAAAGAAGGUAUCGCACCUUUUGUUGAAGAAGAAAUUGAACAGUUCCAGCAGAAAUGUUUAACAGAUAUAUGUAACAAUCAGGGUCUUCCACCUGGAACAAUUUGUACAAAUUGUUGCACAGAAAACGUAGUCGAGUGUCCUACAAUCAAAAUAUGUAACGUGAAGCAUAGAAAGUGCAGUUAUCAUAAAAAUUCUGCAACUCGUUUUUUUCUGCUGGUUGUAAGAAGAAUAUCUGUAACAAUUUUAAAACUGAAAUACAUAACGCACAUAGAUUCAAGAAGAUCAAUCCCCCAUCCUACAAAAACACUGAUGCUACUCAGUGGUGCAGUAAAUCCUGGGAGGUCGCUAAGUGCUUCAUGCCCCCAGAUGGGUAUAAAGAUGUUCUAUCUGCAUCAGAAACAGAUUUUAAUGGAGUUAACAGUGUCAUCAUCAACUGCGAAUGUUUUCAGACAAAAGUUACAGAUGAUCUUAGUAAGAAUGGAAACAUUUUUGACAAGGCUAGAAAGAUUGGUAGAGAUGUUCGGCACUCAUCUAAUUUGGAAGUGGAGGAUAAAGAUCUAAAGCAAUAUUUCAUUGACCUUCAUAACCUUCUAUCAGAUACUGGACACUUGAAAACCGCUAAAUAUGCAAAGUCAGCACGGGAAAAAUUAUCUGAGUUAAAGGAUGAUAAAUUACUUAUUGGUAAAGAUGAUGUGCGGAAAGUGCUCGAUGAUGUUGCAAAGGUAGCACAUAAAAAGAUUAAGACACGAGCAGAAAAAAUAAAAAAUGAGCUUAUAGAAGCCACUCGGAAAUUUUUAGCAACAUUGAAAAGUAAAGAAAAAGUAACAUUAGCUGAAAUUGAUAAUGUAUUAAAAUCUGCUAUUGGUGUAAUUGAGAAUCGAACAAAAGUUUCUCGUAAAAGAAUAAACACGGAAACUGAUAGAGGAGUGAAAAAAUUGAAAAUUGAAACUAAAAGUGGUGUACGUGUGAUACAUAAAGCUACAGAUGAAUGUGCAAACAAGAUUUUAAAGGAAUCUGAGAACGCCAUGGAUCAAGUCAAACAAACACUUGAAGAGUUAAAAAAAGCAAAUAAACAGAAAAAAGAAGAAGAAUAUAUAGCAGCAAAAAAGAAUUUGCAGUCUGAUCUCGUUGCAUUCUACAGGGACAGUUGCAGUACGGUGAACAUCUGUCCUGGUUUAGAUGAUGUUGAUGCCUCUUUAACAGAUGUCUAUAUUCCGCCUUAUCCAUUGUAUUCAAAGGAAACAGACACACUGAAAAAUGUGGCCAAACAAUCUACAAUAAAGAAUGAAACACACAUUCCUAAUUACUUUUCGGAUAUGGUAAAGGAUUUGCAGGAGGAAACACCAGAUGGAAAACCUGUUAAUUCGCUACAAGAGAUGUUUUACAAACAAUCGAAAGAGUGCAUGAAUAUAUAUUUGACAGCAGAACCUGGACUUGGUAAAACAUCCUUUGUGAAGUGGCUUUCAUUAAACUGGUGUCAGGCACAUGAGCCUGUAAAGGAAGAUGACCACUAUUUUGACAGGGAAGAGGUAAAUCAAUUAAAAAAAUUUGAUUUUGUUUUUAUUAUUUUUCUCAGGAAAAUAAAUGAUAAGAAUAUGAAUGUAGAUUCUAUGAUAAGAAAUACAAUAUUACCUGCUUUAGGAAGACAAAACAAAUAUACAAUUGAUAUGAUAGAGAGAGUGAUGUGUGAAGAAAGAUGUCUGAUUGUUUUAGAUGGUCUUGAUGAAUGGAACGUAUCUAGUAUACCUAAAAGGCUUAUUCGACCAAGUUGUACAUACAUUACAACUUCAAGGCCAUGGAAAUUUUGCUCGAUUGCCCUCAGUUCGAAAGAAAUUGAUCAGAUGGUAUGUAUUGAAAAUGUCCAAAAAAUAUGCAAAGAAAGGCUCAUUUCAAGCAUAAUGGCCCUGUUUGAAAAAAGAAAACAUUUGAGAAAAGAUAUGUCAGACACCAACAAAGCCUGUAAGGAAUUUAUUAAAGAACUAGAAGAUAAAAAGGUUUCCCAUUUUUAUGGGACACCAGUCAUUUUAGCACACUUAGUGUAUCUAUGGAAUAUGGAAAAAAGUAUUGGGAACUCACAGUUUGAGAUUUAUAGUGAUAUGGUAGAUGCUUUAUUUAGCAUAGUUGAGGAUAAAAUUGAUCUUAGCAAAUUAAAAAACACCAGAUCUUCACAAAUAAGUUACUUCCAAGAAUUACUUUGUGAGACAUACUAUGAUCUGAUGAUAAGACUUGGGAAAUUGGCAUUCAAUCUGUUAUUUUCUGAUAACAAAUUGUCAUCACUUGUGUUUGAUGAAAAAGUUACUGAAAAAUACCUCACAGUUGAGGACAGCAAUAUUCUAGCUGAUGAAAUAUUAGAUACCUGUUUAAAGACAGGUUUGCUGACAAAACAACCCGUUUAUGUAAAAUCAAAGAGAAAGAAAUAUACUUAUUCAUUUCAACAUAAAACUGUGCAAGAAUACUUCGCUGCAUUGUAUAUUCAAGCAGAGUAUGGCACAACUAUCGAGGCUAUGAUAGUUAAAAAAUGUCAUAUGGCUUUGACAGUUCUAGAGAUGGGAACUGUUUUCAUGUUCCUGAGUGGAGUCAGUCCAAGUAUAUCAGGAAGGGUGUUUCAGUCAUUACCAGAUGAUGAUUGUAUGCAAUAUUUUAGAAAUGAGUCUUCUACUGUCUCCUUUUUUGCAAUUUGGGAGAUUCAGGAUAUGAAAGUAAACUGCGCUAUAGAAUGUAGAAACAAUGGAAAUGAAGAAUUUAAUCUACAUUUAGAUGAUGUUAUCAUUAAUGAGUCAAUUAAAGAAGAGCAUUCGUUUCCUCAAGAUAAUGUACCUUUAUCACAGCUAAGGCUGAAUACACACUUACAGCAGCUUACACUAGAAAAUGUACCUUUAUCACAGCUGCAGCUUAAUGAACACUUACAGCAGUUAGCACUGGAAAAUGUACCUUUAUCACAGCUACAGCUGAAUGAACACUUACAGAAGUUAACACUGAAAAAUGUACCUUUAUCACAGCUGCAGCUUAUUGAACACUUACAGCAGCUAACACUUGACAGUGUACCUUUAUCACAGCUACAACUGAAUAAACAUUUACAGCAGCUAGCACUUGAUAGUGUACCUUUGUUAAAGCUGCAGCUGAAUGAACAAUUAAAGAGGCUAAGACUAUGUCGUGUACCUUAUUUUAUCUUAUCGAAAGAACAGGAGUUCACAGUUUUUUUACAGACAAUGAUGAAUGAAGGAUCUGUAUCGGGGGAAGAUGUUAAAAGUGUAAACAUUACAGGUAGUUUGAAUUCCCUUGAAGAAUGUUCUAUGGAUGCUUUACCUGUUACCACUGUAACAGCAAUACUCAAUAGUCUACCUGUUGAGUCGAAACUGAAGAUACUGUCAUGUGAAGGCUGUAAAUUUCCUGAUUUCGAUAUUUUUUCAACACCUACUGAUUACACUGCACUGUUUUCCACUAUACCAAAACUUUGCCAUUUACAAAACAUCGAAUUGAAAUAUAUGAAUAUUUGUGACAAUAUCCUUGAACUUCCAUGUGUUGAUGGUUUACAGUUGCACCUCACUGGAGUUACUCUGACAAAUAAAAUAUUAUACAAAUUAUUAAGAACAAAGCAGAAUGUGAGAAUACAUUUCUUAGAUAUAACUGUGAGAGAUGAUACUGUUGAAUAUGAGCUACAUACAUCAGAACAGGAUGGUUCAAUAAAAGCAGAUUCUUAUAGUUCUAUUGUUAAUAGAAUCGAAUUUGAUUUUCGUCUAGUAGAAAUUAGUAGCAAAUCAUUUCUACAAUUUGUUAAAGUAGUUGAGAAAUGUAACAGCAAAGUUAAUUUAAAGAUAGAAAAUAUAUACAAGGACGAAAUUAAGCAAUACAGGGAAGGAAUAGACUAUGUCAAAUGUUUAUCGUCUUUCAUUGUUACAGAAGAUGUAAAACUUAAAUUUGUGUCCGUUAUAAUUAUUAAAAAUGUUUAG